AUGUACAAAACUCUUCCUGAGUCGAAAAGAAAGGUUUAUCUGGGACAACACAGGAUUGUGAAGAGAAGCAGUCCUCCAUUCAAACGUUCGGCUAAAUGUCGUGAGCCACAGCAUGAAGAGGUCCAACAUGAAAAGAACCACAGAGAAAGAGUCGACAUGGAGUCUGGACAACCACAGCGGACUGGCAACGCCACUUCAGCCGUGCACAAGGAGAGCUUGCAACUAUUGGAUGGCGCUGUUCCCAAGUACCAGGCAUUUAAAUCGAGGGCAAAUACACAGUCAGAGUCCCUGGCUGAACCCAACAACUUGUCAGCACAUCACAGUGUAACCUCUGAAAAAGGAAACUCUUUCAAGGUUACACGUCAAUGCUGUCCACCACCCGAUGCCCAUGGUCCAGAGGAAUCUCAUUCAAGAUCUAGCUGUUCGCUGAAAAGUUCCAAAAACUUCAUUCUUUUCAACUCCACUCGGCUGGCUGCUGCUCAGGAGAAGAAGCUGCUUCAGCAGCGAAGCCCUGCAGGAAACUUCUCUGUCUCAGUGUUAACACCACCUCCUUGUUUGGAAGUCAGCAGGCUGAGUGACACUCUGGCUGACCCAGGACAAAGCAUCCAUAUGACUGUUCCUGCUGAGCAGUGUGAUAAGCUACUUCUGACCAGCUGGGGUCUCCCUAAGCCUGUGCUGGAGAAAUACCAGAGUCUUGGGGUCAUGCGGAUGUUUGAAUGGCAGGCCGAGUGCCUGACUCUUGGGGAAGUGCUCAAAGGCAAAAACUUGGUCUACUCUGCACCUACCAGUGCUGGCAAAACCUUAGUGGCUGAGUUACUGAUUUUAAAGAGGGUCUUGGAGACCAAACGGAAAGCCGUGUUCAUUCUGCCCUUUGUUUCUGUGGCAAAAGAGAAAAUGCACUAUCUUCAGAAUCUGUUCCAGGAAGCAGGGAUUAAAGUUGAGGGUUACAUGGGCAGUAUCUCUGCAGCAGGUGGUUUCUCUUCUCUCGAUGUUGCCGUGUGUACCAUAGAGAAAGCAAAUGGACUCAUUAAUAGGCUCAUUGAAGAAGACCGAAUCCAUGAACUUGGCAUUGUUGUGGUGGAUGAACUGCACAUGUUAGGGGACUCCAGUCGAGGGUAUCUGCUGGAGCUCCUGCUCACUAAGAUACGGUACCUCGCACUGAAGUCAGCAGCUAGGAAUUAUGAAGGUAUUUUGAAACUUAACGAUGGAGUGCAGAUAGUGGGUAUGAGUGCUACACUGCCCAACCUGGACCUGCUGGCCCGCUGGCUGAGUGCAGAGCUAUAUCACACCGAUUAUCGGCCCGUGCCACUCAUAGAGUGGGUGAAAAUUGGCUCCAAGAUAUACGACGGCUCCAUGAAUUUGGUACAGGACUUCAAACCCUCUCUGCAUGUGAAGGGCGAUGAGGACCAUAUCGUUAGUCUUUGUUUUGACACAGUUCACAAUGGCCGUUCUGUGUUGCUUUUUUGCCCUUCUAAAAACUGGUGUGAAAAGCUGGCAGCCAGUGUAGCCAGAGAGUUUUACAACAUCCAGCACAGAGUCCUGCAUGAUGCUCAAGCUUGUGCUGAAGGACAGGCAGGCAUCAGCUCUUUGCCCCCAUUCUUGAAUCAGGAUGGUCUAUUGGAUGUCCUCUCCCAGUUAAAACGGUGUCCAGCUGGUCUUGACCAAGUGCUGCAGUGCACUGUUCCCUGCGGUGUUGCCUUCCAUCAUGCUGGUUUAACAUUUGAAGAACGGGAUAUUCUCGAGGGGGCAUUUCGACAAGGCUACAUUAGGGUCCUAGUGGCCACCUCCACCUUAUCGUCUGGCAUAAACCUGCCUGCCCGGCGAGUUAUAAUAAGGACACCUGUCUUCAAUGGCCAUCUGUUAGACAUUCUUACAUACAAGCAGAUGUCCGGAAGAGCAGGCCGUAAGGGAGUGGAUACUGUCGGAGAGAGCAUUUUAGUCUGUAAGGAAUCUGAGCGACACCAGGGAACUGGGCUCAUUCAAGGCUCACUGAAGCCAAUCAGGAGCUGCUUGGUGAAGAAGGAAGGGGAAGGGGUCACCACCAGCAUGAUUCGAGCAAUACUGGAGAUCAUCGUUGGGGGUGUGGCAAGCACCCCGGAAGAUGUGAGGCUCUAUGCCUCUUGCACCUUGUUAGCAACCAGCAUGUGUUCUCCAGAUGUGACACAAGAACUAACAGAGGUAGGAAAGGCGAACUCGGCAAAGAAAACCAGCAGGCCCAGAGGAGCCAUUGAGGAAAGUGUGAAGUGGCUGUUGGAGAACGAGUUUAUCCAGCUCCUUGAAGAGGGAGAAGGAGAUCAAAAAGUUAAGAAAUACUUUGCUACUCACCUGGGAGCUGCAACUCUGGCCUCCUCCUUAUCACCUCCUGAGGCCUUAGGAAUAUUUGCUGAUCUCCAGAGGGCAAUGAAGGGCUUUGUCCUUGAAAAUGACCUCCAUAUCCUAUAUCAGAUAACUCCAGUGUAUGCAGACUGGACAACUAUUGAUUGGUACCAGUUCUUCUGUCUGUGGGAGAACUUGCCUACUUCGAUGAAGCGCGUGGCAGAGAUGGUGGGAGUCCAAGAGGGCUUCUUGGCACGAUCUGUCGGUGGAAAAAUAAUCGCCAAAACAGAGAAACAGCACAGGCAGCUGGCUAUUCACAAACGUUUUUUUACCACGCUCGUCCUGCUGGACCUCAUUAAUGAGAUUCCGCUUGGUAGCGUUGCAAAGAAAUACGGCUGCAGCCGAGGGCAGCUUCAAUCUCUGCAGCAGUCGGCCUCCACUUAUGCAGGUAUGGUGACUGUGUUCUGCAAUCGGCUCGGCUGGCACAACCUGGAGCUGCUGCUGUCACAGUUCCAGAGUCGUCUGAGCUUCGGUGUCCAACGGGAGUUAUGUGACCUCGUGAGGAUCUCCCUGCUGAACGCACAGCGUGCACGUGUUCUGUAUGACACAGGCUUCCUGACUGUGUCUGACCUUGCCAGAGGCAGUGUGGCAGACAUAGAGAAGGCCCUCAGGAAAGCCACGCCAUUCAAAAGCUCUCGACAAGCAGCUGAUGAAAGUGAACAGGAUGUCCAGGAACGCAGGACCAUACGCUGUAUCUGGGUUAGUGGGGGGAAGGCCCUGACUGAGAGAGAGGCUGCACUGCAUAUUGUUGCUGAGGCCAGAAAUCUUCUCCAACAGGACCUGGCUCUCCUCGGGGUGCAGUGGGACCCCAAUACAUUCCAGCAAGAGAAACCAGUUGAGCCAGGCUUUCAGCUAUCACAUGAGUCACAUGACAUAGAGCAGAAGGGUUCAGGCCCUGAGAUAGCUGCUGAUCAGAGGGAGGAGGCAUCAAUAGCACAGAAAGUUGAGAAGUCCUUGGAAAAUGCAAAGGAGAGCAGUUUUAAUCGAAGCAGCAGCUUCCUUUUCGAUAGUCUAUACGAGAAUUUGAUUUCCGAUGGCUUGGUGGAGGAAUGUGAUGCAGGGACCACAAACGCUGCCAUCCACCGUGUUCUUUCUGCUCAGGAGCAAUGGGAUGGUAGGCUGGAUGCCGAUAAUCAAGAGGCUGUUCAGUGGGGCGAGUCAUUCUUCAGCUUGUCAGAAUGGGGUGAUUCCUUGCAAAUUGGCGAGGAGUAUCUCGAGAGGUUAAACAGCACAUUUAAGACCAACAAGUACUUUAGUGACCAAGCCAAUGCAUUGCAGCCUUGUGAGAAGGAAGGUAUCUCAUCUGAUAUAAAAAUGGUUAAGGAUACUGAGGUGCAAGUGGACAAUGCAGGAGAUCAAAUUUUGAAGAACCCUACGUUUUCCUUAAGUCCGGGAAUGCAAGAUAUUCUUGACAAGUGGCCCAGUGUGUCAAGUCCGGUUUUUACCUUGGAAGAGUUGCAAGUAAGAGAUGAAAAAGGCCAAGAAGCCACUGAACAAGUGGUUGCAGAUAGACUUGAUCCAAUCUUAGAGCCACCACACAGGACAACUCCAAACUUGCAUAUUAAUGCCAUGAACAAAGACUUAAGAGCAGAUAGCUGUGGCUUGCAAAAUCCAGUAAGAAUGGUUAGACUGGGAAGUCACAAUGAUCUUAUUCCGCCUACCCCAGAAACAGAACCAGUAACUCCCAGAGUGAAGGUGACCUUAUCUUGUGCCUCUGGCUCACCCCUGGCUACAGGAUCUCACAUUCCACCUGUCAACCAAGGAAACCCAGGAUCUGCUACACAUUUAAGUCCGGAGUCAGACCACGAUGCAUCUCUGGUUGCUGAUGGUUUCAGUUUACAUCUUUCCCAGGAUGCAUCACCAGAAGAACACAUCUCAAGCAGCACGGAUUCCUUCUCCAUCAUUGAUGUGGCCAGUAAUGUCGGCCUUUUCCACACAUUUAUUGGAGAGUGGAAAAUGAAGAGCGAAUUUUCCAUUGCUGUUGCCUGUGAGAAGAAAGAGUGCAUGAGCCCCACAAAAUCUGAAAGUAUAAUGUUGUUGUACAAAUGUGGUACAUUUAUUUCAGUGAUUAGGACAAGAAAAAAUGGAUUUCCCAUUAAAGGAAGCAAAGGUAUUUUUGUCGUCGGUCUGUCCGUGUGCUGGGGAGGGAAGGAUGCUUAUUACAUUUCGUUCCAGCACGAGGAACCACGUACAGGUGUCAGUGCAAGUUUAGCACCUCCUCCACUGGAUGGGAAUUUACCUGUGGCAGAAAGACUCAAGCACAUUCAAGGGUGCCUUAAACGAAGCACCCAAUCAGACGGCACAUUUAUUUCGUACAACUCCAUUCAUCUCUGUAAGACUCUCCUUCUGGCCUGUGGACUGUCUGUGGAGGGCAGCUUUGAGGAUCCCAAGGUAGCUUGCUGGCUGCUGGAUCCCAGUUCGAAAGAGCGCUCACUCCACAAUAUAGUCUCCAACUUUGCCCCUCAGGACCUGCCCUUGCUGGAGGGCAUCAGCACUGGGUCAGGGGUCCAGAGCUUGGGUAUGAGUGCCGAUAAUGAUCACAGUGGGCGAUACCGAGCAGCCGUUGAGUCUGUUCUUGUGUACAGCUCUAUGAAGCAGCUCCAUGUCCUUCUUGAGAAAGACAACCUGCUAGAGGUCUUCCGCACUGUGGAAAUGCCCACGCAGUACUGUCUGACGCUCCUCGAACUGAACGGUUUUGGAUUCAGCACCUCUGAAUGCGAUAUGCAGAAGCACGUCAUGCAGGCCAAGCUAAACACGCUAGAGUCACGGGCCUAUGAAUUGGCCGGACACAGCUUCUCUCUCACCAGCCCUGAAGACAUUGCAGAGGUUUUGUUUCUGGAACUUAAGCUUCCACCAAAUGGAGACCUGAAUGAACUGAAGAAUAAGAAAACCCUGGGUUACAACAGGCGGACAGGUGCUGGGAAUCGGCCCAGACCAAACAAGAGGUUCAGUACCACUAAGGAUGUUCUGGAAAAGCUCACACCACUACAUCCUUUACCGGCUGUAAUCUUGGAGUGGAGGAAAAUAACCAAUGCCUUGACUAAGGUGGUCUUCCCCUUGCAAAGAGAAAAAAAAUGGCACCCCAUUCUGGAAAUGGAAAGAAUAUAUUCGAUCUCUCAGACCCACACGGCUACAGGUAGAGUAAGCUUCACUGAACCCAGUAUUCAGAAUGUGCCAAAGGAUUUUGAAAUUCAGAUGCCAUCAGUUGUUGAGGAAAGCCCUCCGUCUCAGAAGAGAGUAGGUAUGGCCCACACAAAGCCAAGCAGGAAAUCAAAGAUGAAUCAACAGGCUAUACCAAUAGCACUGAGAGGUGUUGUGAAAUCACCGGAGAAAGGGGUACCUUUUUCUGUCAGUAUGAGGCACGCCUUUGUACCUUUUUCAGGUGGUCUGAUCCUGGCUGCAGACUAUUCCCAGCUCGAGUUGCGCAUCCUGGCUCACUUUUCUCGUGACCGCCGCCUCAUCCAGGUCCUGAACAGGGAAGCGGAUGUCUUCAAAAGCAUCGCCGCCGAGUGGAAAAUGAUGGACCCUGAGUCCGUCACCGACACUCUGAGACAGCAGGCCAAACAGAUUUGCUAUGGCAUAAUCUACGGCAUGGGAGCGAAGUCACUGGGUGAACAAAUGGGCAUUGAUGAAAAUGAUGCUGCCUGUUACAUAGAAACAUUCAAAUCCCGAUAUACAGGCAUACAAGCCUUUCUGCGGCAAACUGUGAAGAAUUGUGUUGAAGUCGGCUAUGUUCAAACAAUACUGGGAAGAAAGAGGUUUCUCCCAGCAAUUAAAGACUCAAAUACAUACCUCAAGUCUCACGCCGAGCGUCAGGCAGUGAACACCACAAUCCAGGGUUCUGCUGCCGACAUUGUGAAAUUAGCAACUGUAAACAUCCAGAGACAUUUGGAGAAGGUCUUUCCUCACGUGCCUCGAACGCACCAGCACAUGUCAAUACCAGAUGGAAGACGCCACCGGAUGCUGCCUGGCCAUCGCAGGGGUGCCUUCUUUGUUUUGCAGUUGCACGAUGAGCUCAUUUAUGAGGUGGCAGAAGAGGAUGUCAUUCAGGUAGCACAGAUUGUGAAGAAGGAGAUGGAAUCAGCAAUGAAGUUGUACGUAAAGCUGCGUGUGAAGGUUAAAAUAGGGCCGAGCUGGGGAAACCUCCAGGAUCUGGACAUUUAAACAGUAUCUGUGUAUGAGGAACAUGGCACCUGUGUUCAUCAGAAGUCACGCAAAGGAAAGGGGAAAAUAUACUUUGUGUGUCCUUUUCACUUUUCGUACUUAGGAAGAAUUUUAACCCAGCUGUUCCGU